AAGAACUUACAGAAUCGAGCAUCAAAAUAAUUCAACCACGACGCGGUCAAAUUAUGCACUUAGCAUGAAGUAGUUGUUGCGACUAAAUGUCCGCCCUUUCGGGAAACUGCGAGAGACAAAUCGAGACUACCUUGGCCGGAAGAGGGAUUGUUUUCGUGUGAAACGGAAGUUAUAGAGCGCUCGCUCUGUAAACGGGUGGGAAUUUCAAACCAGAAUCAACAAGUAUAAUUGGAGUUGCUAUUAGUGUGAUUUUCAAUAGCGUGAAGCACCACAACAGGUACCAACACACCACAAACACUAAGUGUGGCUCACCAACGUUAACCGUGAAAAGCUGUCGACCUCCAGGCGGAGAAACUGACAUCACGGAAGCAAGCAGAGAAAGUGACGAGAAAAGCGACACCGGACCCGCAUUCCGGUAAACUGACGCUGCCGCCACAACGGCCUCACCCUCCACCCCCAGCCUCACCUCCAGCCUCACCCCAACCUCCAACCUCACCCUCCACCCCCAGCCUCACCCCAACCUCCAGCUACACCCCCAGCCUCACCCUCCACCCCCAGCCUCACCUCCAGCCUCACCCCAACCUCCAACCUGACCCUCCACCCCCAGCCUCACCACAACCUCCAGCUACACCCCCAGCCUCACCCCAAGCUCCAGCCUCACCCCCAGACUCCAGCUUCCCCCAGCAUGAGCACAGCUGCCCCCCAGCCGCCUACUCUGGGCUCCCCUCCUCAGCCCGCCCCUUUCAGCAUAGUACCCACCUGCCCAGAGUUAGACCUGUCUUUCCCCCUCAUCCCGGCCUCGCCCCCACUUUUCCUGGACCCACCCCCACCCUGCCGAGCCCCGCCCCCAUCCAGCCGAGCCCCGCCCCCAUCCAGCCUGGUUACAGGAGCAGCCUGCCAGCAGGUACGCUGUAGGAGGGAGAUCACGGUGAUCGCAGAGCCUAGCAACAACCCUCCACCCCAACAUUCCACCAGCCACCUUGAGGGCAAGCAUCACCAUGGUAACCCUCUCCCUGGGGUCCAGACAGCAGGUCUGCAGUUGGUCAACCUUGCUUCCUCCUCGCCUCUCAUAAGCCGGCCUCUAAACCGACGUAUGACACCUGCACUACCAGGAGCCAAGGAGAAGGCUCGUUAUGAGGAAAGGGGCGUGGUCCUGCCGGAAGGGGCGGAGUUGAACUCCACUCUGGCUCUGAGGGCAGAGCUACAGGAGCUGGCGGGGGCACAGUUCAACUCCCAGAAGGCCGUGCAGCAACAGCUUAAGUCCUCCAGGACAAGAGACAACAUCAGCAGCAGAGCUACCGAGGCGGUGAAUGUCCCGCCCUCCCAGCAGCUCUACAGGGCAUUGGUCAGCAUCAGCGUGGAGGAGGAGCUACUGAUCAGCAACGCACUUCAUGAUAGGCUCCAGCUGGUCCUCCCUACACGUGUGAUUGGCUGCAAGAAGGAGUUGGGGCCAGAGUUGAGGGUGUUCGUGAGGGCGGAGCAGAGGAGAGAGAAGCCACUCCUACCAGGAUUGGACCAGGCUACGCCAUGCCCACAACCAACCACAUUCCCCGCCCACUCAACCUUUGACCUCUACCAUAGACAUGCCUGCUGGGGGGUAGGGCUCUGAGACUGGGGGAGGGGGAUGUACCGCUGUGUGAUUGGAUGUCAAUACAGUAACUUUUUUUUUUUUACAACUGUACAUAUCCCUGAUCCCAUACUCCCACACACCCCUAAAAUGUUUUUACUUAUUUUCUGAAUAAAGAACCUGAAAUAUG